CAGCUGAGAGCAAAUACAUUAGGACGUUGUUGUUUUUGCGCACACGUGCUUAAACGAAACUGCAAUUGUUUAUAUUAAAUUAAAAUCAAAUUUAAUUGAUAUUAUGGCGCUGCUGAGUGCUAAACGUGUCAAAAAGACGCCGCCUGUAGCUGCAGACAGUUCAGAUGACAAUGAAAGUGACGCCAGCGGCAAGGAUGAAGGCAACCAGGGCUGGGCAAACUCAAUUCUCAAAGUGCUGCAGACAACAAAACCUGAGACACAAAACAAGACUGUGCUAUCCCGCGCCAAGAAAAUAAAUGCAGCCACUUCGAAAAAUGGCAAAACCAAGAAGGCCUACGACUUUGAGAUUGAGGGUGCCGAAGUGAAGGAGGAGGACGAGGAAGAUAAGGAUGUGAAACCCGAGGGAUCGGCACUUGAUGCACAACUUACGAGGCAGCAGCGAAAGAAUGUACCACUGCAGCUGCGUUUGAAGCCCAGUUUCAGGGACAUGGAACGAGAGCGCAGUCUUCGCAAGGUGGCCACACGGGGAACAGUGCAGUUCUUCAAUGCCGUGCGCAUUCAGCAGAAGGAAAUUAAACAGCAGCUGGAGGAUGCUGGUCCGCUGGACAGUCGCCAGGAUGCGGUGCUCAACAACAUUGACAAACGCAAGUUCCUCGACGUUCUAAUGAGCGGCAAACGGGCCAAGUCUGCGGUCAUUGACAAUGCGAUCAAAAAAGAGGAAUCCGACUCUGAUGAUGACGAUGAUGAAGAGCCAACAGAUGAUGAGAUGCCCGCCGGAUCUGUUAACAAAAAGAAAUCAGAAUGGAAUGUGCUGCGCGAAGACUUUAUGACCAACAAGAAAAUCAAGCACUGGGAUGAGGAGGAUGAGCAGGAGGAAGGCAGCGAUGCCGCUGAUAACAGCGAUGAUAGCGAGGACGAGGAAUAAUUAAUUUAAGUUCUAUGUUAAUUCUAGUUGCUAUUAAAAUUAUAUUUCACAUUGUAAAUUCUACAAUAGUUAAUUGACAAAUUCUGCAUUGGCAGUCAUAUAAA